GGUCCUCUUUUCUUACUUCUUCAUCCUUCAACACCACUCAACCUCUCAAAAAACCAUCACCAAGCAUUUUUUUCGCAGUCACUCCUGUGCAAUCUCCAGUACUCGUUCGCCACUGCUCCCGUGUCACAAGCUCAAGCCCAUCAGCCGCACACACCCAAACCCAAAAUGGCUUCGACCAACUACAAGGAGGCUUUCGCCCUGUUCGACAAGCGCGGCAAUGGCCGUGUCUCCCUCGAAAGCCUGGGCGACCUUCUCCGCGCCUGCGGCCAGAACCCUACCCUCUCCGAGAUCCAGGACCUCGAGAAGAACGUUGGCGGUGACUUCGAUUUCGAGACCUUCCAGCGUGUUCUGAACCGCCCCGGCGGCUUCCGCGACCCAGGCGAGCCCGAGGAGUACUGCCGCGGUUUCCAGGUGUUUGACAAAGACAUGACGGGAUUCAUCGGCGUCGGCCAGCUCAAGUACAUCCUCACAAACCUCGGCGAGAAGAUGACCGAUGAGGAGGUGGAUGAGCUCCUCAAGGCUGUCGACACCAGCUCAGGCCAGGUCAACUACACUGAUCUCGUGCGAACCAUCCUCGCCAACUAG